CGUCUCCCUCCUCUCUCUCUUUCUUUAUCUUCUCCAAUACAGAAGAACAAUCCGUUAACAAUCCCUCGCCGCCGGUGACAUUUUCCGGCGAUGAAACUUCUCUUUCUCACUCCUCGCCGUAGUAUUCACAAAAUUCGCCGUCCAAUGUCGCUAGACCGCCUAUACCUUUGAAAUCUACUUUCCUCUUCUUCUUCCUCUUCCUCUCUCUCUCUCUCUCUCUGUCUCUUUUGUUGCCUCUUCUCUCGAGCUUCCUUAAUCUUAUCAUGUGAUUAUGUAAUCGUGUUUGUGUAUAAGACGAUCGCUGAUACUGAUUCUACUCGGUGGCUACUUUUUUUUCGUCUUUUAAAAUUUGGUGAAAUCAACAGAUUAUUUGAAAUUUAUUUUGCCGGAGAAGAGAUGCUGGAUCUUAACCUAGACGCAGACUCUCCCGAGUCGACUCAGUACGGUGACUCAUACUUAGAUCGGCAGACAUCGGAGGGGUCAGGUAAUCGAGCGGAGGAGUCAGGGACGUCGACGUCGUCGGUAAUCAAUGCCGACGCAGACGACGACUCUUGCUCGGCUCGCGCUUUCACUCUCAGCUUCGACAUAUUAAAAGUCGGAAGCAGCGGCGGAGACGAAAGCGCCGCCGCCUCUAUCUCCGGCGUGACUAAGGAGUUUUUCCCGGUGGCUGGAGACUGUGGUCACUUGCGAGAUGUCGAGGGAUCGAGCUCUAGAAGCUGGAUCGAUCUCUCUUUCGAUGGCUCCGGCCACCACGGAGAGAUGAAAUCGAUGGCUCCGGCUCCGGCGCCGGCUCCGGUACCGGUGAAAAAGAGUCGGAGAGGACCAAGGUCAAGGAGCUCUCAGUAUAGAGGAGUCACUUUCUACAGAAGAACUGGCCGAUGGGAAUCGCAUAUUUGGGAUUGUGGGAAACAAGUCUAUUUAGGUGGUUUUGACACUGCUCAUGCCGCAGCUAGAGCUUAUGAUCGAGCUGCUAUCAAAUUCAGAGGCGUUGAUGCUGAUAUCAACUUCACUCUCGCCGAUUACGAGGAAGAUAUGAAACAGGUACAAAACCUGAGCAAGGAAGAGUUUGUGCACAUACUCCGACGUCAAAGCACGGGUUUCUCGCGUGGAAGCUCAAAGUAUCGAGGAGUCACAUUACACAAAUGUGGGAGAUGGGAAGCUAGGAUGGGGCAGUUUCUUGGUAAAAAGUAUAUUUACCUUGGGCUGUUCGACAGCGAAGUAGAAGCUGCAAGGGCUUAUGACAAAGCUGCAAUCAACUCCAAUGGUCGAGAAGCAGUCACCAAUUUCGAGCUGAGUUCAUACCAAAACGAGAUAAACUCUAACGAAGGUGGUCAUGACAAACUUGAUCUCAACUUGGGAAUCUCUCUUUCUCCCGGAAAUGCACCAAAGCAAAGGCUCUUUCAUUACCCUUCUAACACUUAUGAAACUCAGCGUGGAGUUAGCUUGACAAUAGAUAACGAGUUCAUAGGAAAGCCAGUGAAUACACCUCUUCCUUAUGGAUCAUCAGACCAUCGUUCUUACUGGAACGGAGCAUGCCCGAGUUAUCAUAACUCCGUCGAGGGAAGAGUGGCUUCUGAGAAGAGAAGUGAAGGUGAAGGAGGGAUGAUGAGUAGUAGUAGUAACUGGGGAUGGCAAAGACCACAACCAUCGUUGGCCGGCGGAGCACAACCACCGUUGUUCUCAGUUGCAGCAGCAGCAUCAUCAGGAUUCUCUCAUUUCCGGCAACAACCACCUCCCAGUGACAAUGCCUCCUCUCGUGGUUACUUUUAUCCACAACCUUAACUUAUAAAGAGAGGGCUUCAAAAAAAGAAAAUUGGUAUUUUUUGAGAGUUUUUAAGCCUCUCUUUUUUAAAAAAUGUCUUUUGGGUAAAUUAUACAUACAAUGAUUCAGAAUGAGAAAAACAAAAAAGAUAGGUGUUUAUGGCUUUUUACCCAAAAGAAAAUGUCACUUUUCUUAUCAACUUAAUGAAGGAAAAUGUGUGUUGUGGUAUUUUGGAUUUUUUUCAUUGGAUAUGCUUUCUUUAUAGUUUAUGUGAAUUAAAAAUGUUACUUCCUUGUUUCUUGGUAAGAAAAAACUAUUGGAAAUUGGAAGGUACAUUUUUGUAAAUAAUUAAGAAAUAAAAUUAAGGAUUGGGUUUU